AUGAGUGGAUGAAUUGAUGAAAGGAGAGGGCUUUUUGAUCGCUUAAGUGAUAGACUCCAUUGAAGCUGAUGACUAUAAUAGCGGAGUCACAAUGUCAAUUUCUUUUUUUAUACCAGAAUUGGGAGUCAAGACCAGACUCCCCAAAACCUAUAACUAGAGUAAUACCAGACCCUUGAAUACCCAGACGGAGCCUUGACCCAUAAGACAAAGUACCAGACCAGCACUAGACUCUUGAAGAUGCAGACCAAACCUAGAUCCCCUAACCAAACCAAUACUAGAUCCCCGAAGAUCCAGGCCAAGACUAUAACCCUUAAGACCCAGAUCCAGACCAAUAUCUGACCAUUGACAUUCCAGAUUUGGACUAGACCCCUUAAGACCCAGAACCAGACCAAUACCAGACCCCUGAAUAUCCAGACCAAAACUAGACCCUGUAACACCCAAAUCCAGAUCUAAACUAGACCCCUUAAGAUCCAGAAUGUGUCCAAUACCAGACCCCUAAAAUCCCUGACCAAGAUUAGACCCCCUAAAACCCAGAAAAAGUCCAAUACCAGACCCCUUUAGACCUAGACCAAGAAUAGACCCAGAACCAGACCAAUACCAAACCCCUGAUCAUCCAGACCAAAACCAGUCCCCCUUAGACCCAGAGCCAGACCAAUAAUAGACCCCUGAAGAUUCAGAACUAGACUAGAAACACUUAGACCCAGAACCAGACCAGUAACAGACCCCUGAAGAUUCAGACCAACACUAGAACUCCUAAGACCCAGACCCUGACCAAUGCUAGACCCCUUAAGACCCAGACCAACACUAGGCCCUCUAAGACCCAAAAUCAGACCUAUACCAGACCUCUGAAGACCCAGACCAAGACUUGAACACUUGAUACACAAAACCAGACUAAUACCAGACCUUUUUAAGACUCAGACCGAGACAAAACCCCCUAAUACCAAUACCAGACCCCAUAAGGCUCAGAACAAGACCAAGUCUUGAACCCAAAACCAGACCAGUAUCAAACCCCUUAAGACCCAGACCAAGACUAGAACCCCUAAGACACAGAACCAGACCUAUACCAGACCAUUAAGACCAAGAUUAGACCCCGUUGGACCCAGACCAAGAUAGAACCCCUGAGACCCGGAAUCAGACCUGAACCAGAACUCUUACUGUAAGACUUGAACCAAACCAGUGCCAGACCACUGAAGACCCAGACUGAGGCUAGACCCCCUAAGACCCAGAUCAAUAUUAAAAUGCCAUGCCAUUUACAAUAUUUGGAAAGAAGUUCUCUAAGUUCUUUAGCAAUGGAGUUUUCACCUCCUGAGAGUGUUUUCAAAAGGUCUUUCGGGGGCAGAGAUUGUGUUAGCGUGGCAGGCAAGCUCAUGGGGACAGUUUGUCUAUGAAUUUAAUCUAGUCUUGUGUUCAGAGUUCUGCCAAACAGUAGUGAUGGACUGCACCCCUGGCAUCCUGCUCAAGGUCACCGAUUUGGCUGUAGUUAAAGAAUUAAAACUUUAGUUUGUACAGCUUCUUGGCAUAGACAUGAUGGACUGCACUAGUUUGUUGCAUUGUUGUGACAGAAUUCUGGAGUUUCUUUUCUCAAUUUUAAUGAACACAAGUUAUGUUGACUCAUUCCAUGUCUCUAUCUUCUUAUUCUUCAUCCCACAAUGGUUCUUACUGUUUUCCAUGAGGUUACAUAAACUGGAACAUCAACAUGUUUACUGGAUGGAGCUCCACUAAUAUGGCGACACAUCCAAACAUGCGGACGUACUAUUUUAGCACCGACACAGCCAAAGAUAUGGAGUCCUGGAUGAAGGUUAUGACAGAUGCAGCGUUGGUCCACUCUGAGCCAAUCAGAAGACUUGAGAAGGUAAAGGUCGACCCACGCACUCCUCAGGAGAUGAACAACAUGUUGAAUCACAGGGUCCUGACCCGACCGGAGAUCCAAAACAACGAAAGAAACCGUGAGACACAAUGGCAGGAGGAGAAGAAACAAAUGCCCCUGGAGAAACAGCCUUGCAUCCAGAAAGACAAAGAGAGCAGGGGCAGCAUGCAGAAAGACGGCGAGCGAUACACCCUCCAAAGAGACAACGACAACUAUGCUCUCCAUAAAGACACGCAGCGAAUCGCACUGCAGAAGGACGGUGACAGGUACAUGCUGCAAAAAGAUGUGGAAAAAUACGUCCUUCAGAAAGAUGGGGAGAAAUAUGCCAUCCACAAAGAUGCAGAGAAGUAUUUACUGAAAAAAGACGGGCACAAGUACACGCUGCACAAGGACGGAGAUAAGUACACAUUACAGAGUGAUGACAAAAACGCUCAACCAAAAGAUACCGAGAAGAUCUUGCAAAAGGAUGGAAUGUACCCUCACACUCUUCAACGGGAUGGAGAGAAGCACCCUCAGCCAAAAGAACCAGAAAAUACCGCUCCAUCAUCGCGAGAGGGUGAGAAAUACGGCUUCCAGAAAGAGGGCGUCGUGGAGCGGCCCCUCACAAAGAUCAACAGCAUCAAACUCCAGCCAGCUCAAGCAGCUGCCAUCGCUGCAGUGGGCUCCUCGUCCAGACAGCUCCAGAGCGGGUCGAGUCAGUACAUGCCUGCCCAGGUCAAUGGCUCUGGUGAGCGUGGAGGAGAGAGGAGUCCUGGGGACAUCAGCAAUACAUUACCUCGGAGGACGACGGUUCCACCCCCGCAAGUAGAACCCGAGAGAACCCUGAGCAGAACAAACUCUAUGCAACAGCUGGAGCAGUGGGUUCGGACGCACCGCACACAGGCCCCGGAUGAUGACACCAGAAGCAUCACUUCCUACCAAACGUUGCCCAGAAACAUGCCCAGCCACCGGGCACAGAUCGUGCCACGCUAUCCCGAGGGUUACCGCACGCUCCCGCGCAACAUGCUGCGGCCGGACAGCAUCUGCAGUGUUGCAGGAUCAGUGUACGACCGGGCACUACAGCCUACAACAGCAGAGAAGAGGCGCUCCAUACGUGACGACACUAUGUGGCAACUAUACGAAUGGCAGCAGAGGCAAGCGCACAGCCGGCUUGGGUAUGGGACGCUGCCCAGCCCCAAAACCAUGGGACAGAUCGCAGAGUCCUUCCCCACCUCCCCAUCUCAUGGAUCCCUGUCUGGCUACCACACCUUCUCUCCUAAUCAACCCCUUAAUCCAGACUCCCGCUCUGAGGUUUCGUCACCGGUGUUUCAUGGGGACGUGACUAUAGAACGUCGGCACCGACCACACCUCUCUAAGUAUCCGUACCCUCCUGAACGCAGAACCGUGCCUCCAUCACAGAACAUCACUGCACAGUCUCUACAAGGAAAAACGCCAGAGGAACUGACCCUGCUGCUCAUCAAACUACGGCGGCAACAGGCGGAGCUAAACAGCCUCCGUGAGCACACGCUCGCGCAGCUAAUGCAGCUAAACCUUGAUGCCGCCAACCCAAAGAGUGAAAUCCUUUCUCAUCACCUUCAGAGGAAUCUCAUGUACUUGGACAGCCAGAUGAAGGAGAAUGAGCCAAUAAUCUUCAUGAUUCACACUAUGAUCGAGAACUCAGCGCCAAGGCCACAACUGUACCAGCAACAGUUGAGUCCGGUGGAGUACAGAGACAACACAUACAUGUACAGACCAGAGGAACUAGAUAUUGAUGUGAAGUUAAGUCGACUUUGUGAACAAGACAAAGUGGUGAGAACUCAAGAAGAGAAAUUACAGCAGCUCCACAGAGAAAAGCACACACUGGAGACGGCAUUGCUGUCAGCAAGUCAGGAGAUCGAGAUGAGCUCUGAGAAUCCCUCGGCGGUUCAGAGCAUCAUACAACAGAGAGAUGUGCUUCAGAGCGGCCUCCUCAGCACCUGUAGAGAGGUGUCACGCGUCAACGCUGAACUGGAGCGCAGCUGGAGAGAGUAUGAGCGGCUGGAAGCUGACGUCACACUGGCCAAGACUAACCUGCUUGAACAGCUAGAAGCCCUCGGGAGCCCACAGACAGAGCCUCCCAGUCAAAAGCAUGUUCAGAUCCAGAAGGAACUGUGGAGAAUUCAGGAUGUGAUGGAGGCGCUGAGCAAGAACAAACCCAAGAGAACUGCAGAACCCAGUUUUCCUGGUGCAAACCCCCUAUCAAAUCUACAUAAAAGUGAAGAGUCAGAUUCAGUGCCUCCACGCCCUCCUCUCCCAUACUCUUAUGAGGGGGGCGAGCGCCCGCUGAUGCCCCCCCUGCCCUCCCCCGGCACUGGUCAGCCUCAUGCGCCCCGUACCACCCCACACAGGCCCGAAGAUCGCAAGGCCGCCCAGCGCAACGGUGCCCACAGCGGACCAGAUUACCGUCUGUAUAAGAGUGAGCCAGAGCUUACCACAGUAGCAGAGGUCGAUGAGAGUAACGGCGAGGACAAAUCUGAACAAACUGCAGAGAAAGAGCCCCCCAGCUUUACCAAAGGUAUAGUUUACCCUGUUGGAGUGGUCAACCCGAGGACUAAAUCACCCAUGCCUGAAUCGUCUACGAUCGCCUCUUAUGUAACCUUGAGGAAGAGCAAGAAGCCUGAUCCCAGAACAUCUCACCAGCAUGACCGUCCGCGCAGUGCAGUGGAGCAUGUGAGCAGUGCCAUAGAGGUCGGUCGAACACGCAUGAGCGUCGAGGAGCAAAUGGAGCGAAUCAGACGGCACCAGCAGGGGGCGCUACGUGAGCGGAGGAGAGAGGAUGGCUCGCUGUCUCGCAGUCUCUCCUUCACUAAAGACAACCCGUACUACACCCUACAGGCGCGUAAGAAGAGCCCUGUGAUCUCUCCAGACGAAAAGGACAACAGCAGAGACCUGUCGCCAGGGGAUCGAGAGCUGAUGAUGAAGCUGACUGAUACAGAACAGAACUGCAAAGAUACUGAAGAUGUGGAGCAGGGGUGUGACAACCUGGAGAAAGAGGAGAAACAGCCAGUCUCUCGAUCGGACUCAAUCAAAGCGUCUCUUUCUAAGAGGAUCAGUCCUAAACCAUUUCUGAACGAGGAGGAAAUGGACCCUAAACGCCUGACUCCAAUGGAAUACCGUAGAACUCUGGCCACUCACAACAGCUUGCAGACGGCUGUCAUGGUUCGUGUGGGCACAGAGGAAAACGAAGAAGAGGAUGAGGAAGAUGAGAAACCUUCUAGUCAAGCGCAGGACGUCUCUUAUGAGCUGACCAACAGCAAACACAACCCACUGAUGUCAGUGAACAGUCUGUCAACUCCACCCCAAUCUCCAAGCUCCUCCUCUCCCCCGCCUCCGCCCUCCCCCCCACAGCUGACGGAUGGAUCACACUUCAUGUGUGUGUGAGCGGAAACGGAAGACUCCUCCACUGUCUUCAAUAAACAGCAGCAUUUGAGGGGAUGUUCCAUCAGUGAGCCAAAUAGAUCCUUACUUAAACCAGACAGGAAGUAUUGCCUACUUCUGCAUCAUCUGACCAACACAGACGCCAACUUCAAGGCCUUAGUUCAACCACGCUCCCAUUUGCCAAUGACCGCGAGGGAGUCCAAGGGAAAAUGAUGCGUUGAUAGUGUUUAUUAUUUAUAUUGCUACUUAUUUAGUUUAAUGAUUCAUAUUUUAGAUCACAGAGUUUUAUUCUGUUUGAGUUUAGUGUGUUUGGGUAAUGGGGGGGUUUUGAGGUGCUAUGGGUGUACAUUUGCUUAUAUACAAACACACUGAUACAUGCCACGCUCAUUUUAUUCAAAUUAUAAAGGGUUGUGUUCAUUGUUUGCUUGUUUUAUAUCAGUUUUAAUCGAUCGCUCCCAGUUUUACCCAGUGUUGGUUAACAUGAUUUUUAGUACUCUCAUCUUUUGCACUGUACAACAUCCAUUGUUUCUUUUUUACUCUGUUGAUAUCAGACGAUUUGUGUAUAAAUGAUGUACAACGGACAAUUUCCAAAAGGUGCCGCUGUACUGCUGCCGACUAACAGGAUUCUACUUUUAUGGAUUUGUAAAUGAUCUGUAUGUUGGAUAGUCUGCAAUACCCACGACACUGUUUCCCGACACACUCAUGAAUGUUCCAGCUUACGUUUUAUUUUUCUAUGGCUGAGAUAUAUUUAAAUAGAGAGAUGAGUACAGAGUAUUACCAUUUUAAGAAGAGUAUUACAGAGACUUGCUUUUAGUAUGCAGCGCUCGAACGAUUUUGAGCAUCAAACCUUAGCGGAGAAUAGCACAUCAGAAGUAACCGUUUUAAAUAAAACGUUAAAAAAAAAAAGAAUAAAAAAAAAAAAAAGCAAUAAGCAGGGUUUUGGUGUUUAACUUUUGAUGUAUAAACUGUAAAGUUCAUGAUGUAUAUAAUGUAAACCAUACAAUGAGCAGAGCAGAGAACCAUAAGAGGUUAUGUUUCAGAGUCGAUAUGCAAAUGUUCAUAUUUCAUCUGUUUUAUAUCAUGUGAAAUAAAUGUUGACAUUCU